GGCCCCGCCCACCGGGGGCGUAGGGCGAGCCACGCGCGAGGCCACUUUGCACCCUCGGGUGUAUGCGUCCUGCUUCCUGGCGGGCUGUUUAAUCCUCCUCUGCCCGUCCAUGGAGGGGGCCAGGCCCCCAUCCCCAGGAGAUGAGCUGGAGCUCUCGGUGAUCCAGGGGCAGCCAGACGAGCAGGCGCCUCUCAAUGGAGCCGUCCAGGGCAUCUUUGCUCUAGAGGAGGAGCCCUGCCCAGUUCAGGCUGACAAGGAAAGCCCUUGGAACUCCUGUAAUAAGAACUUGGUGGGAAAGUGCAAACUGUGGAUGGUCCUCGCCUCUGUUUUCCUGGGUCUCGUUAUAGUCAUCAUCAUAAGCUUAUGUCUGACUGGAGUAACCUAUGUCGAUGAGGAUGAAAAUGAAAUACUUGAAUUGUCGUCUAAUAAAACAUUCUUGGUUAUGCUAAAGAUUCCAGAGGAUUGUGUAACUGAAGAGAAAUUGCCUGACCUGCUCACGAAAAGGCUCACAGAUGUGUACAGUUCAUCACCAGCUCUGAGCCGUUACUUUACUUCAGUUGAAAGCAUAGACUUCAGUGGUGAAAACGCCACAAUAACCUACCACCUGCACUUUGGGUUUCCGUCGGAAGACCACAACUUUAUGAAGUACGUGAUGAGUGAGGAGUUGGCGCUGGGCGUUUUGCAGCAGGAUUUCCAUGAUCAGAACGUGUCUGGUUGUGAGACUCUGGGGCUUGAUCCAGCGUCCCUCCGGUUCUCUGAAUGAAGUGGUCGAGGUCGAUCUGUGUCUGAAAGCAGCACUCCACUGAACUUUGGGAUGAAGAGAAUUCAUUCCGUUUUACAGAAGAGAUCCUGUGAAUUAACGUAGAAGGACUCACAGUGACUACAGGGCUGGAGACGGCCCUUUUUCUCCUGAUUCUGCACAGUUAGAGUCUGGCACUACGUCCAGCAAAACAGCACGCAGGGCUGCCCCAGCUGGGUCCAGAUGGGGCGGGGUGACCAGGCGGCGGGUGGAGCUGCAGGGCCAGGUCGCUGCUGGUCUUGAAGCACUCUCUGCCUCCACCCACACGUGGACACGCUGUCUUCAGGGUAAGGGUGGCCUUUGAGGCAGGAUCCCGCCAGCCUGAGCCCGUGGCGAGAGAACGGGGAGAGGCGAGGUGAGGGAGAGCAGAGCCAAUCGCUCCCUGAAAUCCUCCGUCCCACCCUGAUGUCUGAUGUACCUCCAAGCAAGGCUGUGAGGAAAAGGCAGGCAUUUCACCAGACGUAAGCAGCAUGGUCUGUGUCUCCUUCCAUAGCCGCAUAUCUCAGCAAACUAGCCUUGGCACUCCAUCCAAUGUUAUGUAGCGCUACAGAAAUGAGGUGUGUGUUUCUCAUUUCCCUUCUGUGUAUAGUUCCUGCGACUCCUGAACACCUCUUACGGAAACACGGGUCCAUGUUAGUUUUGAACACACGACUCUCAUUUUGGAUGGUUUCUCCAUUUAUAUUUUCAUCAACUUUCAUCGGAGAAUCAUUAAGACUGCUUACCGUCUGCUCUAGGUAGUACAUGUUGGUUUUUGUUGUCCAGAGUCACUAGCCUUCCUGUAGGAUUCAGUGUCUUCAGGCACUGAUUGUGUAUCUUAUUGAAGAUAGUUGUGAAACAGGAAGAACCGCGCUCAGAAAUAAACUGCUGGAAGUUUAACGUCAGAUCCUUUUGGGGGGGGGUGAGGGUGUAGUGAACAAGAGCGACUCUAUUGGUCGUCUACGGAUAUAGAAUUACCUGUCAUGAGGGAACAAAGUGUCUUGUUAGGAAAAUGGCUUUGCUGGAAAUUUCCAGCAGAGUUUUGUGGUCAUGUAAUGAGAGGUUCUCAGCCUCAGUAUCUCAGUUAAAUUGGCCCUGGGUGGACGUCAGGCUGGGGGCAGCUGCUUUCUGGGAUGUGUUGGAGUACGAGUCUCCGGCUAGAUUUGCCUGGGGCUCUUUAUGACCCAGGACUCUGCAUAAUGUGAAUGUGCUUUGUUAUUUAACUAAAAGAUAACAUUGUGUUUCAUUUUGAGGAUAGUUCCUCCAACUAGUGAAACAGGUGAAUUUCCCUUCUUCCUCUUAUUUUAUAUGUCAAACCUAAACCUUCGUGUUUGUACUUUUAAGAAAAUAAUGAAGAACUUUAUUUUUGCCUCCGCAUUGCCACGUUGACCUUUGCUUCAUAGGGGUUGACUCUCCAGGGCCAGGAUUUGGGUUGGCAUGUUCUCGCAGUAAAUGGUGUUGGAAGUGACCUUUUCAUUUCCCCAAGGGCAGCUUCCCCUUCUGAGUGAGUAAGAUUGAACUGGGCUGGCCUGUGUCUUCCUCUCCCUGUUCCUGUUGCCGGGGGAGCAGGGGGGAACCGUCUCUCCUCUCCACUUCCCCCCGGGGCCCCGCAGGCAGGACCAGGUGUCUGAAGAGCCUGGGGCUGAAAGGAAGGACUGUUUCCUGUCUGGAGGCAGGACCGGGUUUGAUUCUGAUCUUCCCCUCUCUUUUGGAAACCACCAAGAUGCAGGCACCUUGUCUUGGGUUCUGACCACUUGAAAGUCAUAGAGAGGAUUUUCUGUGAGUUUGACUCUUCUGCCCAAAUGGUGUGGAAAGAGCUGAACUUUGUGACUAGAGCGUUUUGAGGUGUUUGGGGGAAAAUGGCACUUACAUACUGUUGUGCUAUAGGAGAUGAAUUGAUUGGCCAUCACACAUCUUCAUGAAGAGCAUAAUGAAGGUACAUAAGAAGGUUUCAACGAAUAUCUGUGGUAUCACUGAAAGGCUUUUUCUGUUUGUUUUGUUUUGUUCUGUUUUGUUUUGUUUUGUUUUUUUGGCCACGUGGCUUGUGGGAUCCUAGUUCCUCGACCAGGGAUCUAACCCAGGCCCUCAGCAGUGGAAGAGCAGAGUCUUAACCACUGGACCACCAGGGAAGUCCCUCACUGAAGGAUUUGAGAAAAAAAACUGGUCUUUUCUGGGAGUCACUUAGGUACAGGCAGAAAGGAUACAGCCAGAUCAGGGGAACCUGCCCCUCCGCCCAUUACUGACAAAAAUUCUAGCCAUGUGUCCUAUUCUUUUCUCCCUUUCAAUUUAACUUUGUUCUGCAGAUUUUUUUAAUGAUCUGUGUUGCAAAAGGCUACAGAAUAUAUCAAUGAAGAAGAGGAUGAUAAUAAGGAAAAAAGCCACUGGUCUUAUUAGGGAGUCAGGCUCUGCACAGAUGAAACAGGAAACAGCAGGAAAAAAUAGGUGUUAAAAAUAAAUAAAGACAAACUGCAGGGUUGUGUGAUGGUCAGAGAAAAGGGUGAAAAGUAUAGUUUAAUGGGAGAAGGCUUUGCCUAGGAAGUAGGUCUGGAGCUGAACCUUGAAGCAAUGGUGGGAUUUGAAUAAACAGAUUUGCUUCCCUUUACACAUGUUUGUGUCUUAGGAUGAGCUGCAUGUUUUCUCCUUUCCCCUUUAGAUGUGGACUCUGGACAUGGAUUCUGCCCUAUUCAGAGUCUGAUUAGUGCUGAGAAAAAUGGGAGAAAUCUCUAUGUCUUCCCUUCUCUGCUCCCAUUACUGUUUCAUUGUUUUAAAAUAAGCUAAUUCACACUAUUACUGCAUUGCUAGCAGCAAUCUUUCCUUUAUGAUUAAAGUUCACUAUCCCCUUAGCAACAGAAGGCAGCCCUCUCAUCUUACAGUUAGGAAACCAAGGUCUGGAGAGGUGGAAGGACCAGCCCAGAAUUCCACAACUUUGGGGAGCUAAGUCCAGCCUAGUGGGCAACCACACAUGAUCAAUGGCCUCCAACUGGUGGGCACCCCAGGGUCAUGCUCAGUUCAGGCUUGGCUACCAUCUGGGAAUCCAUGAGGAGCACAGGUGGUGAGGGGGAAGGGAUGGGUUGAGAGCUGUGAUUAUCAGACUGUACAAGAGUCUCUGGGGUGAUAAUGACCACUCAGCGCUUCACCCAGUGCCUCGCGAAGGAUCCCUCUGUUAAGAAAGCGGGAGAGACUUACACAGAUCCAUUUAACUGUUGACAGAACCGAGACACACUCUGAUCAAGUGGCUUUCAAGUAGCUUUCUGAACUCAGUAGGUUGGCUUGGAAAAGAACAGAGUCAGAUAAAUGUAAACAGAAUCUCCUUUUUCUCUGAAGGCUCCUGUGGAAUCUUGGGGACUCAACUUUCCUGUUCUACCUAUGCCUUUCCAUUCCUGAGCAUACUUGAAGCAUCUGUCACCCAAGGUUGUCUUAAAAACAGCCAAUGAGUCAAAGGACGCUCUGCGAAGGACACUGCUUAGAGGUGUGGAGUAAGAGGAACGCCACAGGUGCCCACCCGGAAGGCUGUGAGUGAGGAGCUGGGUCUACACACGUGUGGAAUGAGGACUCCCCUUUGGGUGCACUUACUACGAUGGGUGAAGCUUCCCUGUGACUUCAGAGGACAGUCAUGUGGACAUUUUAUAGGAAGAACCUGAACAGAGGAGCAGGGGAUCAGGGAGUUCUUCCCACCACUGAGUAGAAUGGCCCAUUUCUUAAAGCCACUUAGAACCAAAGAUGGUCACUUCCUUCUCAAAGAGUGGGUGUUUGGGAUAGUUGGUUGAUCUUUGGAUGUUGGACAUUGAGAAGGAUCUAGGAGUCCCUGAGGCUUGCAAACUACAUUCUCCAGUGACCCCUACAGAAAGGGCUGUUGUGUGUGUGUUGAGGGGGAGAUAAGCUGAAAGGGCUUUGUGCCCCAUGCCUGCUUCAACCAGAGCUCCCCAUCCCUGGCUUUUAUUUGCUGGUAUUAAGUACUGAUCCAGUCACUUCAUUAGAAAUGAGAAGAUUGAGCCUGAGAAGGGGGCAUAAGUGGAUGUGGCUAUAUCAGGGAGUCAGAGAAGAUUCUACUGGGCAUGAGAAGUUCAUAUUCAUCUUCUGGGGAGGACGGAUGCCUAGGGGCCGAAGGCACACGAAGAAGCGAAUACUCAGUCCCGUUUCCGCCCAGCGACUCUCUGGGCCUCUCAGCCUUGAGGGGAACGUUCUCAUAGCACUCCUCAGCAGCGUUCCCUGAUGGCCUUUUCCCGAGGACGCUGUGAUUGAUGAGGGUGUAGCACAGAUCCUCCGAGGAGCCCUGGUCAACAUUCUCCUGCUGGUCAAAGGACAGCCAUCAUCAAGACCUGGCCUCUUGCCAUUCCCUUUAUACUUCAUCUCAACAGAGGUUCAGCCUUGGGCAAAGUCUGUCUGCCAUGGCCGCUUCCCUUCCAUCUCUUGUGUCUGGUUUUCCUACAUGGCUGCCCCAGCCCAACCACUAGCCCAUGCUGCCAGAGUUCUCAUGCUGCUCAGAGAACUCAGCCUACUCAGGCAUGCAUUCUCUGCCCCACGUCCCAGAGUGACCCCAGACCACACUAUGUAAUUCCCAAAGUCUCAGGACCCUGAGGCUGCUCAGUCUUAUAUAAGAGAACAAUCUGAAGACACCUUAAAGUGCUUGGGUUAUGAUAUUUAACCACCCAUUCUAGAGAUAUCUGCAUUAGUAAAAAGAGAAUCCACUUAAGAGAAGGUCUCAUUCAGUGAAAUCUCAGGAGAUAAAAAGCAAAACAGCAAGGUACAGGAGAAAGAGCAUGGAUUUGGGAGUGAGACUUGUUUUUGAAUCAUGCCCCUGCCAUCUUUUCGGCUGUCUGGCUUUGAGGGAACAUCACUUAAUGUCUCAGUUUUCUCGUCUGUAAAAUGGGUAGGAAAAUAAUAAUACAAAUCUUACAGGGUUGUCGUGACAGUUACAUGAGAUGAUGCAUGUGAAGCGCUCAGCCCCCUGCAUGGCAUAAACUAAGUGCUCAAUAAAUAUUAGUUCCUUUCAAUAAAUUGUGCAACAGAGAUGGCUCUUGCUUCUGCUGUCAGGCUCUGCAUAUGUCCCUGGGCUCACAAGCACUGGUGUCUAAAGAAUUCAAUAUUAAGGUCAGAAGGGGUCUUGGAGGUCUUCUUCUGCUAUCUGAGGUGUCUGCAUUUCUACUGUCAUCUCAGAAAAAGUCUCAGAAAUGUUUGCAUUACCUGGAUGGGAGCAGGUGAUGUUUCUUCAUCUGGAGAAAGAAAAUACACUUAAUGAAUUUCAGGUCAUGGGGAGGUUUCUGGGAGGGGAGGAGAGGGGCACUGAAAGAUAAGCAACCAGAGAGCCAAGGAACAGAAGGGGUAGUCCUCCUCCAGCUAUCCUGAUCUUCAACACAUCCCUGGGGAGUGACAGGGCCAUCUAGCCAAGAAACAGCCAGAGCUGUGCUGAGACGCUGAGUGGAGGGAAACACAUUCAGUGGGUCUUUGGAUAGGAAAUCACACUUCCCUACCUUCCUCACUCUUUCCUUCUCUGUCCUUCCUUACCUAAAAUUUGUUGCAUGUCUACCCUGUACCAGGAACUGGAGAGACAAAGAAGAAUCAGACAGUCCCUGUCCUCAGGGGGCUCACAGGCAAGCAUAGGAGGCAGUCAGGGAUCUAAGAGAGAUCCACAAUGCAGAGGAAAGCUGUCGUUUCUACUGUAGGUGACAGGGGACGAUGGCAGUAUGGAAGCUGGUGCUCAAGGAAAGCUUUACAGAGAAAGAAACUCUUAAACUGAACAUUCCCAUUUUUGAGACUGCUCGCAGAAACAAACAUAAGCAGACCAAUUUUUCAAAAGCCAAUGUACUUAAAACCAGCUGGCUCUGGCCACUCAGCAAAGAGGCAAACACACUAGCUCAAUAGGCAAACAUGAGAAUUCACAAAGAAGCCUCAUGAUAUCACCCUACGUGGGAGGUGGUUGUGCCGAUACAGUCCACCUUGCUGUGUAAAGAUUUAUAUUCCCUCAGUACUGACAUUCCAGAUUCUCACAUCUCUAUAAAUUCCCCUGCUUAUCUAGGACUUCCGUGACUAUUGCUGCAAGAAAAGGGUCUGUGGGGAUCCAAGAUGGUGGCGUAGGAAGACCCUACAGUCAGCACCUCCCGUGGACACACGAAAUCUACACCUACAUACAGAGUAAUUCUUUCUGAAGAAGAACUGAGGGCUGACUGAACAGCUUUGCACAAUAAAUGACAGAAGGACCAAAUAGAGAUGGGUAGGAGAGACGGUAUGGGCAGGAACACCGUCCUUGAUACAGCAACAUGCAGGAGGGAGGGGUAUCACUGAGGGGCCCAUGCGUACAUUCGUCUCCCUCCCCCCACCCCGGGGUGGGGGACACAGCAAUAAAAAUAGAGGUUUAAAAGGCACCUAGACUCUAUGUGAAGAAAUCCAUUUACUACCCCUAGAGCAUCUGCCAAAUGGGCAGGGAACUACUGGAACACUCCUCAGGUUCAAAGGCACUGGAGGCCACCAUAGUCCAGGUGCUCCAGCCAGGCUGCCAAGAUGACCGCUGCAUGCUCCAGGCCCACAGAAGCUCCAGCCAAUCCCCAAAAGCAACACCAGGGGGGGUGCACUCCGGCUCUCCACCCCCGACUCCUACCCCAGCUCCAGCCAUCCCACCAAAGCUGCUCAGCACAUACAGUCUACACAGAGGCUACUCCUGCACAAGGCCAUGACUGCAAGACUGGGAGUCUUUGACUAAUUCAUAGAAACAAACACAGGAAAUCAAACAAAACGAGGAGACAGAGGAAUGUUCCAAGUGAAAGAACGAAAUCACCCCCCAGAUACAAACCCUAAUGAAAUGAAGAUAAGUCAUUUACCUGAUAGAGUUCAAAAUAAUGAUCAUAAAGAUGCUGACCAAAAUCAGGAGAAUGGAGGAACACAGUGAAAACCUCCACAGGGAAUUAGAAAAUGUAAGAAAGAAAACCAAUCGGAGAUGAAGAAUACCAUGACUGGAAUGAAAAAUACACUAGAGGGAAUCAACAACAGAUUAGAUGAUACAGAGGAAAGGAUCAGUGAUCGGAAGACAGGAGAGUGGAAAUCACCCAAUCAGAACAGCAAAAGGGAAAAAGAAUUUUUUAAAAUGAGGAUAGUUUAAGGAAUCUCUGGAAAAAACAUCAAGCAAACUAACAUUCACAUUAUAGGGGUCCCUGAAGGUGAGAGAAAG